AGGCAGUCUGCAAGUUUCCCGUCACACCGGUGGACUGGUCUUUAGGAGACGCGUGCGUAAGGUCGGGACCUGGGAUGAACAAGUGACCCUCAAGAGUUCUCCAUCGUGUAUCCCGUGUCUCCUCGUCGAAACCAAGAUGAAGCUGGCGAUCGCGUUAGUUGGCCUGAGUGUUGUUGUGAUGGGUGUCUUGAUUUUCCAGGUCGUCCAUCAGGAAUUGCGUCUGAGUCACUUGAAAGUCCGCUUAUCGGAGAACUCGGAGCAGGUCACCAGGAAAGAGGAAGGCAUAGUCGCCCUGAAAGCCAAAAUCUCCGAGCUGCAGAAAUCGCUGGACGAAGUCAACAAAAAGAUGGAAGAACUGAAGAAGAAAAAGGCAGAAAUUGAAAAGUCAUCGGGGGACAUGGGUAAAAGUCUGACGGCCUGUGUGACAGAGAAGGAGAAGGCGGAGAAGACGAAGGCUAGUACAACAGGGGAAAUAGAUCAACUCAAAGUUGAUCACGAAGCAGCUAAAAGUAAAGCCCAGGAGAACAUUCAGAGCUUGAAACAGCAGAUUUCGGAUAGAGAUAAAGCUGUCUGUGCCUUUGUUGAUACAACCAAGGAGGAAGGACGGAAGUUGUGUGGAAUAACUCAAGAAACACAGUGAAGUCACUUCAGAACUGCACAACAAUGACUAGCAACUUUUUCAGAAAAAUAUUUGUGCAUCCAAGUUUUGUAUCAGCACUAAGGUUAUUAUGGAAUAGUAACAAAAAAAGAAAAGAAACUCUGCACAUUGACUCAGAGAACAAGUAUACGGACAUGUGAAAUAGAGAAAUAGAAUUCAUUUCAUAUCAUAAGAAGGAAAAAAGGUUGUAUUUGUAAUAUAUAAUGUGGUGAACAUCCCACAAUAAUUCUAUGUGCUCAAAAUUUUGCGCCUAAUAUGGUGAUAUAACAAUAUAAGUAAGCAAUAUAAGUAAUAGAAAUAACUCUUUGAUUAGUUAUAAGGAAAGAUUAUGGUUUGGUUAAAGUAACCCUCUUAUCAACGUUUGCCACGUCUGUCUGAGUGUUCUGUGAUAGUGUGUUUGAGCUGAAAUAACCCCUGCAGAAGCUGUUUGACUGCUGUGGUUGGGUACCUGAUGUCAAACACUGUGGUGUCUCCUUUUAUCAUAUUUUUACUAUUUUUUUUUAUUUUUUAUUAUUCUUUUGAAUGUAAUAAAAAAUAGAAAAAGUGCACUUAUUAUUGUAACAAUGUACAACAUUUUCAUUGUAGCUCCAGCAGUAAUGAAAAAGCGACCUGGCAGUUAUUUUGCACUGGUUUUAUGAUGUGGAAAUAAUAUUUUUGCUAAAAAGUUCCAGUUAUUUCUUCUAGUGACACAAACCAGAUCUAGUUUUAAAAAAAGGACACACAGACCCAGAUUUUAUUCAGUUUCUGUUUGGUUUUUAUGAAUUUGAUGUACUAUUUAUGCUUCUGGGCCAUAAACAGCAGACCUUUAAGGAGUCUAGAAAAUAGAUGCAAUGUGUGUAAAAGUGUAAAAACAUUAUAUACAUCAUUUAAUGCUACUUUGAAUAUAAAGAAAGCCAAAAUGAUAAAACCUUUUAGAUUUAAGAGGCAAAACCUAAAUUAUCACGUCUGUUCAAAUAAAUGGUCCUUCAACUCCCCCUAGUGCAGAACCUAGGGUUAAGACAGACUAUGUUACUGACAUUGUGCCUUUGCUGAUACAACUAAGGAGGAAGCACUUUCUUACAGGGGAUCACUUUUGGAGGAAACUAUUACAAGAAUAACUUGAGUACGCUGAACUUGUUACAAAACGUCUUGUAUGAAAUUAGAUCACCAAAAACAUUGUGGGUUUAUUGAGUGCUGUAUGGAUGUACAAUGACUAAAUAAAGUGUUUUGUGUUCCUAAAGUUCCUAUAAAUUAA